CGUGCAUCUGUCUAUGUACCUUCCCCUCCCCCUCUCCUUCUUCUCUGUGCCACCAUCCUCCCAACUCUUCUCCUCGUCGCAACAUCUUCCCUUUCGUGAGACAUCUAAUCCAUCUCAGAGGCACCGCCGGCCGAGUAUCUUCCAUUUCCGCCCCACCCGAAGAGCAUGCCCUGCAACUUUCGCUCGUAACGGCGCGUGAAGUUUAAUAGCUUCCCUCCACUCGUCUCAGCUUGCCGCCACAUCCUUCAUCUCGCGCAUUGACGGGUCAUUCGCGACACUCCCGCGUCUGACACUUUAUUGCUGUUGCCUUGUCUUGGCCUCGCAGCAACUACUUCACUGCCCUCUUCCGCUCCGAAACCACCGGCAGCGAAUCACCACACCUCAGCCCGGACUUCACUCGACCCCCUCACACAGCCAUGCCCUCGAGCCGGCGCCUAAAGGCCACCGGCCUGGCUGCUCUUCUCACCCUAUGCAUCCUGCUUUACAUCACCACCGCCGCCUCGAGCACGCGAGACUCCCCCUUCUACACCCGCACAGUGACCGUCAUCCAAAAUCGCGAGACCGCCGAAGCACAAGCAGCAGCCGCGACGAGCGAGAGACAGCGCCUAGAGCGGCUGGAGCGGAUAGAAAAGGAACACAAUGCAGCAUUGGCCGCAGCAGAAGCAGAGGAAGAGCUCAAGGCCGCCACGCGCGCCAGCGGCGCCGACGUCGACCAGGAGCCCAUCAUGCCCUACGGCGCGAGCAAAGUCGUCGACGCCAACACUGGCGAGAAGGAAGUGGCCGGCCGCAAGUACAUGAAGGAUGGCCGAGUGGUGACAUACAAGCCGCCAAAGGGCGUAGAGGAUGACGGUGUCGCCAAACUCGGCAACGUGGAUCCGCAUUCAUCGCAUGCGCCGGAUGCCAACGACAGCGAUGUGGCUAUCGAAGCUGAGCUCAACGACAUCUUCCGCAAAGGCCCGAUCAUCAUCUUCUCAAAGUCGUAUUGCCCGCACAGCAGACAAGCAAAGAACAUCCUCCUCGACCAAUACUCGAUCGUACCACCGCCAUAUGUCGUCGAACUCGACCAACACAAGCUCGGACCGGGCCUGCAGCUCGCCCUCGCGAGAUUGACCGGUCGAAGAACCGUGCCGAACGUCAUGAUCAACGGCCGGAGUAUAGGCGGCGGCGACGACGUGCAAGCAUUGCACGACUCCGACAAGCUCGCGAGCACCAUCUCGUCCAUGGGCGGCAAGCGCAUGACAAAGGUGCAGCGGCUCGACGAGGUCAAGAAGGUGGAGAACCACUUCAAGGCAUAGUCGUGCUCGCCCCAUCGAGGGAGUGACGAGACUGGCCUCAUCCUGGCAUUGGGACUUGGUCAUAAAGCUUGCCUUCCGACGGUCGGUCGUGGGAGCGCAUGGAAGUGUAUAUUUGGGAUCUUAAGGGAGAUUGGCGCCUCGUGAUGGACACCGAGGUUUGAUGAUUUUGAUGAUACCCUGGCAUUGGCGUUUGGAUCUUUUGAGCAUAGUGAUCGGAUGAGAAUAUCUUGAGAUAGGCGUGCUGUCAUUUCUGGCACCUGAAUCGAGUCUUCUGAAUCAAUGCAAUGCCGACGAUACUUGACCAUCCAUACCCAUAGCCUGGUCAUGUGAUUGCGCUAUUCCAUGCUUGAUUUCGGCUUGGCUCCUCCACCUCGUCUUUCAUCC